AAAAACGUGGUGAAUAUCUGUUCUCAGCUGUCAAGCUACAGCACCUCGCAAAUUUGCCAAAAGUAACACAAAAAAACACCAAACUACCGGUCGCUGCUGUUUGCCGCUCUCCACUUUACGCAGAACAGACGAACUACGGCACAAUUUAUCCGCACGGAGGAAUCGCAAACGCUCGCAGCAACGUGCAAGUACAUAAUAUUUAUUGUUAGCUUUUCAAAGGUACACAUACCUUUUCGCGUUCGGUGCAAUUGAUACGGUGCAAGGAAGCGCGUCAUUAGGCGGGAGACGGCGGUAAAGCGGGUCUUUGUCGGCGAAACACACACUCUCAAGCACAGAGGAAAAUGGAGAUCAACGAGAACAACUUCGAGCGGUUGGCCAGCUACCUGCAGCAGACACUGAAUCCGGAUCCGGAAGUACGGCGUCCAGCGGAACGUUUCAUCGAGAGCAUCGAGGUGAGCCAAAACUAUCCGCUGCUAUGUCUGCACCUGAUCGACCGGCCGCAGGUCGACAUGACGAUCCGGGUGGCGGCCGCAAUCGCGUUCAAGAACUUCAUCAAGCGCAACUGGGGCUUCCAUCUGGACAACGACGGGCCGAACAAGGUGAGCGAAUCGGACCGGACCGGCAUCAAGGGGCUGAUCGUACCAAUGAUGCUGAAAUCGCCGGCCGCCAUCCAGAAGCAGCUGAGCGAUGCGGUCAGCAUUAUUGGCAAGUACGAUUUUCCCACCAAGUGGCCGGAGCUGAUGGACGAGAUGAUUGAAAAGUUUGCCACCGGAGACUUUCACAUCAUCAACGGUGUGCUGCAGACGGCCCACUCGCUAUUCAAGCGGUACCGGUACGAGUUCAAGUCCCAGGAGCUGUGGGAGGAGAUCAAGUACGUGCUGGACAAGAUGGCGAAACCGCUCACUGAUCUGCUGCAGGCCACGCUCGGGCUAGCGGAGGCACACGCCGGCAACAAGGAGGCACUGAGCGUGAUCUACAACUCGCUGGUGCUCGUGUGCAAGGUGUUCUUUUCGCUCAACUCGCAGGAUUUGCCAGAAUUUUUCGAAGACAACAUGGAAACGUGGAUGAAGGCGUUCCACGGGCUGCUGACGGUGGACGUGCCGUGCCUGAAGACGGACGAUGACGAGGACGCGGGCGUGCUCGAGCAUCUGAGGUCGCAGAUCUGCGAAAACCUGUGCAUGUACGCGCUCAAGUACGACGAAGAGUUUAGCCCGUACAUGCCCCAGUUUGUGACGGCCGUCUGGGAGCUGCUGGUGAAAUCGCACAUCCACACCAAGUACGAUGCGCUCGUCUCGAAUGCGCUGCGCUUUCUGAGCACGGUGGCGGAGCGAACCCACUACCGCCAUCUGUUCGAGGAUCCGAACGUGCUGGCGAGCAUCUGCGAGAAGGUCAUCAUACCGAACAUGGACUUCCGCGUGUCGGACGAGGAGCUGUUCGAGGACAACCCGGAGGAGUACAUCCGGCGCGACAUCGAGGGCUCGGACGUGGAGACGCGCCGGCGGGCGGCCUGCGAUCUGGUGAAGUCGCUGCUGCAAAAGUUCGAGGCAAAGAUUGUGGAAAUUUUCGGCCAGUACCUGCAGGUGCUGCUGGCAAAGUACGCGGAAAAUCCGGCCGCCAACUGGAAGGCGAAAGAUACGGCCAUCUAUCUGGUCACGUCGAUGGCCUCGAAGGGCCAAACGCAGAAGCUUGGCGUUACGCAGACGUCCGAGCUGGUGCCGCUGCCCCAGUUCACGCAGCAGCAGAUCAUUCCCGAGCUGGAGCGGGCCGACGUUAACCAGCUGCCGGUGUUGAAGGCGGACGCGCUGAAGUUCAUCAUGACGUUCCGGACGAUCUUGGGACCGCAAAUCAUUGUCGCGACGAUGCCGCUGGUUUCGAAGCAUCUCGGUGCGGCUAGCGUUGUGGUGCACACGUACGCGGCCUGUGCGAUCGACAAGAUACUCACGAUGCGCGGUCCGGACAAGCAGCCGAUCGUGACGAAGGAGAUACUAUCGCCGCUGAGUGCGGAGUUGAUUGCGGGCCUGUUUGCGGCGAUCACCGUGCAGGGAUCGAACGAGAACGAGUACAUUAUGAAGUGCAUUAUGCGGGUGCUCAACACGCUACAGGAAGCGUCGCUGCCGUUUAUGAUCGUGGUGUUGCCGCGCCUGACCGACAUACUGUCGACCGUUGCGAAGAACCCAUCGAAACCACACUUUAACCACUAUCUGUUCGAAACGCUGUCCCUUUCUGUAAAACUCGUUUGCAAAGCCGAUCCUAAUGCGGUCAGCUCGUUCGAGGAGGCGCUUUUCCCCGUAUUCCAAGGCAUCCUUCAGCAAGACGUAUUGGAAUUCAUGCCAUACGUGUUCCAGAUGCUGUCACUGUUUUUGGAGAUACGCGAGGGCAAGAGCAACAUUCCAGACACGUACCUUGCGCUGUUCCCUUGCCUGCUGACGCCCGCCCUCUGGGAGCGGCCCGGCAACGUGACACCACUGAUUCGGUUGCUGUGCGCGUUUGUGCGGCAAGCUUCGGCGCAAAUCUCGGCCGACGACAAGCUGAACGGUGUGCUGGGUGUGUUCCAGAAGAUGAUUGCCUCCAAGAACAACGAUCACGAAGGGUUCUAUCUGUUGCAAAAUCUGCUCCUCUACUAUCCCGCCGAGGAGCUUGGCAGAAGUAUGCGACAGAUUUUCUCCCUGCUAUUCCAGCGGCUUAGUUCCUCCAAAACGACCAAGUUCGUGCGAAGCUUUAUCGUUUUUCUCUGCCUUUACACGGCUCGCGUUGGUCCGCAGGCACUGAUUCAGAUGAUCGAAAGCAUUCAAGCGCAAAUGUUUGGCAUGGUGGUGGAGCGCGUAUUUAUUCCCGACAUCAACAAAGUGUCCGGCGAGCUCGAGCAAAAGAUUGUGUCCGUCGGCAUCACGAAGCUGCUGUGCGAGUGUCCGGAAAUGCUGGCCGAACCGUACGUCCUGUUCUGGCCGCAGCUGCUGCAAACGGUGGUGCAGAUCUUUGAGCUGCCGCCGGACGGGUCGGCCAUCGAUGGGGACAACUUUAUCGAAAUUGAGGACGUGCCCGGUUACCAGGCCGCUUACUCGCAGCUCAACUUUGCCCAGUCCAAGCCGGUCGACCCGUUGCCGGACGUUGGGAAUGUGCGCCAGCAUCUGGUCCAGAACCUUGGCAAGCUGGCACAGGCGAACGGGGGCAAGGUUCGUACACUGAUUGCGGCCCUUCCAGCCGAUCACCAGGAGGCGCUGCAGAAGUACUGUGCCCAGAGUGGUGUUCAGAUCGCUUAGAGAGCGAGUCGGCGGGAAGGUCGUAAUAGUGUGAAGAAUCCUUUUCGGAAAUUGGCAAGCUCUGUUCGGAAUUUUGUGUUUUUAAUUGUUAAGAUGUAGAUUCGCUCCUCCGUGAUCGUGUGUGGUAUCCGUUAUACGCCAUUUUUAAGUUACAAAAUUAUCAUUUGUGUCCCACAUUGCAUAAUGUAUGGAUGUACUGUAAUAAAGCUCUUGUAAGUGUCGCUGUUGUCUUCUAAAAA